AUGCAAAAACUGACGGAGCGCAUAGACGACCUGAAGCAAAGAAUAGCUGCUUGGGGAAAGCGAAUUCGGCGAUAUACCGAGAGGUCGACACGGUUCAACCAGAAUCGUCUCUUCCAGAGUGAUCAGAAGAGGCUCUAUAAAUCAGGAAUCAUUGGAGCGACCAAUAGUAAGUGGAACGGGCCCUGCACCAAAUCAGGCCGACAUGGUCGCAUUCUGGCGCAGCCUGUGGUCAGAGCCCGUAAACCACAACGACGGCGCUUGGACGGAAGUUGUGGCGAGUCAGUGUGCGAGUAUUACGCCCAUGGACCCCGUCAUCAUAACGCCGGAUGA